AUGGCGGCUGGAGACGAAUACGACUUUUUGUUCAAGGUGGUGUUGAUUGGAGACUCUGGCGUCGGAAAAUCAAAUCUUUUAUCCAGAUUCACUCGCAACGAAUUCAACCUCGAGUCAAAAUCGACCAUUGGUGUGGAAUUCGCAACUAGAAGUAUACAGGUCGAUGGUAAAACUAUAAAGGCUCAGAUUUGGGAUACUGCUGGACAAGAACGUUACCGUGCCAUUACAAGCGCUUACUACCGAGGUGCUGUAGGCGCUCUAUUGGUGUAUGAUAUUGCCAAACACGUCACAUACGAAAAUGUAAACAGAUGGCUCAAAGAACUAAGAGAUCAUGCCGACGCAAACAUUGUCAUCAUGUUGGUGGGCAACAAGUCCGAUCUGAGGCAUCUGCGGGCAGUGCCGACCGAAGAAGCCAAACAAUUUGCGACUGAAAACGGAUUGGCCUUUAUCGAAACUUCUGCCCUGGAUUCUAGUAACGUCGAAUUGGCCUUCCAAAAGAUUCUAACAGAAAUUUAUCGGAUUGUAUCCAACAAGGCCCUGGAAUCGGAGAGUGGAGGAUUCAACAAGCCAGGUGCCGGUGAAACCAUUUUGGUACAACCUUCAUCUGCACCCGCUCAGGUAGAAUAA